AUGGUUCAUCCGAGCGGUGAUGACAGGAUACUGAGCUUCGGAGACGUCGUUCUGAGGGCAUCAGACCUUGAGAUACUCAGAGGCCCUCACUACAUCAACGACCGGAUCAUUGAAUUCUGCUUCAAAGACAUCGCCAAUGAUCUGCCAAAUGACAUCUUACUGGUUCCUCCCUCGAUCUCCUUCUGGAUCGCAAACUGCAUUGGCCAUGAGAGCCUCAAGGAUGCUGUCGGCCCGCUCGAUCUGCCCAGUAAGAAGCUGGUGAUCUUUACUAUUAAUGACAAUGAUGAUGUGGCCAUGGCUGAAGGGGGGCAGCACUGGAGUCUCCUGGUCUACGACCGGGCCAAGGAUAUGUUUGUCCACCACGACAGCAUGCUGGGGAUGAAUAGGCCCCACGCCGAGCAGCUCUAUAGGAGGGUCAAGAGGUUUGUGGAUCCCACUGCGAGCUUUGUCGAAGGGUCAACGCCAAAGCAGGAGAAUGGCUAUGACUGUGGGUUGUAUGUGGUGGUGAUAGCCGGCGUGAUCGUCAGGUGGCAUCUCCAGCAUGCUGCAGCCUCCUCCGAUGAUGAAGGUUACUGGAUCUCCUCUGUGAGGUCCCAGGUUGAUGGGUCGACAGUCAACGGGAUGCGGAAACAGAUACUGUCACGGAUCAAUCAGUUGAGGAGUUGA